AUGGUAGCUGCCUAUACAGGGUGGAAGGACGUGCGUAACGACCCAACCAAAGCGGUUACGUUCGGCGACGGGGAGGUGUUACCGGGGGAGGCAGUAUUGGCGGUGGAGGAGGAGAUGGAGCGGCUGGCAGUGGCCGUGCCGUGGCGACGUGGCGACGUGCUAUUGGCACGCACACAGGAGGCGGGUGGUGAGCAAGAGACGGUGCUGAUGACGGCCGAUAUUCCUGACGGCGACCGUCCUCCUCGUGACGACGACGGUCAUGUUAGUGACGGAGAGGGUCAUGUUCGUGACGGCGACCGCCUUGCGCGUGACGGCGACAGUCAAUUUUGUGAAGGCGACAGUCAAUUUCGUGACGGCGACAGUCAAUUUCGUGACGGCGACAGUCAAUUUCGUGACGGCGACAGUCAAUUUCGUGACGGCGACAGUCAUGUUCGCAGUACAGGAGGGGAAGGGGAGGAAAUGCGGGAAGAGGGAGAUGCGUGGGGAUUGACGGAUGAUGGUGGAGGAGAGAGAGAGGAAAGAGAAGAGUGUCGACGAGGAAAGGAUGAAAGCGAAGCGGGAGAAAGGGACGAGGGAGGAGGUAGAAGCGAAGAAAGGGAAGAGGAAGGAGAUGAAAGCGAAGGAAAAGUGGGGGGAGGAGGACGAGAAGGAGCAAGGGAAGGGGGAGGAGGAAAAGCAGAGAGUUCAAGGGGGCUAGAAGUGCGUCCGGAGGGGGGCCAACGGAAGGAGAGGGGAGCGGUGGACGAGGGGGGGCUGAGGGAAGGUGAGAAAGAGAGAGAGGAAGAAAGGGAAGGAGGCGGGAAAGACGCAAAGGGAAUUCACGGGGGAGAGAUACGUCCGGAGAGGGAACAAUGGAAGGAGGAGGAGGGAGUGGCGGGUGAAGAGGAGGGUAGGGAAGAAGCAGGGGAUGCAGAAGAGGAGGAGGAGGGAGGCGAGAAGGAGAAAGAGAAAGAGGAAGUGGAGGAAGACGAGAAAGGCAAAGAAAAAGACGAGGAUAAGGAAAAGGAGGAAGAAAAGGCAGAGGAGGAAGACGAGGAGGAGGAAGAGUACGUGUAUUUGGAUUUGAGCCAGGCAGUUAGGAGGCUGCCUCGGAAUUGCCGACUCAUUAUCGAGAAUCUGGAGUCAGAGUCGCCAACACUGCACCUGCCAGAUGGCAGCACACUGUGCCUCACAUGA